GCGGCACUUUAGCGAAUACGCGCUGAUCUCCAGCGUCAGUUGUGCGAAUUAGGUCGAUCGAGACGGUUGCUUUACGGAAAGCACAUAAAGUAAACACUGCUAAUAUUGAGGUACAAAGUAACGUGCGCGUGAGAACUAUUGACGCGUACACGCAGAUUACGAAACACAAAGUUGCACUCAGAAGCACGCAAAUAGCUUUAGCUAGAAGCGAAGUGAUGUAUUUAGUCGCUGGUAUAUUUGGCGGUAUCGCCGCUCUACUGCUCUUCGCUGCGCUCAUAAUUGUUGUGUUGCGUUUGAAAUCACAACUGAUCUUUGACAUCUACCCCGCAAAGGGCCUCUUCUAUCAACUGAAGUAUGUAAUUGCCUUGGUGUUGGUGCGUCGACUGCGUCACCGUGUCUACCACACCAAGGACGAGCUGAACUCACCCGAAUUUCUGGCACAAAUUGAUCGCCCACAAUCGUUGAGCGAUAAUCCACAGAGUUACGAUGUGGUUUCUUUCAUGGGCGCCAAUGGGCGUGGCGAAAAGCUGUUCCUGACCUUGGAGCGUCGCCGACGUGGCGUGUUGAAAGCUUGCAUUUAUCUCUAUCUACCCGAGUUGGGCUUGUAUUGCACGCCAAAAUUGCCAGACAUGCUGCACUUCACAACGGAUGGCACACGCGAGAACGACGAGUUCAAAGGUUGCGGUUUCCAUGUGUAUCCCGAAUCAUCGAUGCGUGAAUGGCGUAUACGUUAUGAAGGCGAGUUACGUCCCGAGUCCGCUACCGGCAAGUGUCUAUCUGUGCACAUGAACUUGCAGUUCACAACACAAGCGCCAUUUUUCUACCAUAAUCGUGAUCUCAGCUCCGCGGUCAUUGCGGAUUCGGUGGCGCGCGAGGCAUGGAAUGACGCAUUCUAUAAUUUGCUCAAACAUGUGCCCGAAAUGGUUGAGAAACGUACACACUACGAGCAAAGUGGACGCCUGAUGGGUGAGGUUCAGCUAGCCGGCCGCAGUUUUGAACUGCAAUUGAGCGGUUUUCGCGAUCACAGUUUCGGCACCGAACGUUGUCUAUCCAAUAUCAAUCGCUAUGUAUAUGUUGCACUUUUUCUGUCGGACGGCACCAGCUUGAUGAUCGGCAAUCUCAGUCAGCCAUCCUUCUUUCUCUCGUCCCUCAAAGUGGGUUACGUCUGCACGCAGACGGGCGUUUAUGAACCGAUAACCAGUUGCAAUUUUGAGCUUUACUCUUAUGGCGAGAAGGGCACACCGCCGCGUCAUAAGAAUUUCAUUGUAAAGACCGCAAAAUCAAAGUAUUUCGUGCAAAUUGAGGAGCAGCAGUCGUCGGUGCGCUAUGUGGGCGCCGAUUGGGUUGCGAAAAUCUACAACCAGUUUGUGGCUUGUACCGUCAACGGUAUUAAAGGACAAGGUAUCACCGAGUAUUUAUAUAGAAAUAAAGAUGGCGAACGUCCGGAAGCGGUAAAUGCAACAGAUCCCGAGUGGUUUAGACGUGUGAAGAGCUUUGAACGGAGUUUAAGUAAAUGCGAAGAGGAUGAGAGCGAGGUCUUCUUCUUCUGAGCUUUGACGAGGUUCAAGCGGCUUUUAAGUCGUUAAAGUAUAGCUCUAAGUGCCCAUUUUGUGGUGUAGAAAUAUUUUUUGUGCCGGCACAAUAUUCAAACAAGGACUGAAGAUACUUUAAUUAAGAUUUUAUCGUGAUAUUUAAAUUACUGGGUGGUACUGUUAUUUAUAAUGCGAAUUACAUGUAGUACAUAUUUUAUUCUAAGAAAUAAAAGGUUUUAAUAAAACAACUUCA